CGCCAUUAGACAUAGGAAGAAGAAGAAAAGAAUAUGGCAAUGUGCGAACUACGGGGAGAACUGAAAUACAGAGAUGGACAUACAAACCAAUUCACAGUCAAAGUAGAUGACAAUUUAAAAUCAAUGAUAACCGGAAUCAAGAAAUUAAAUGCUGACAUCUCGGAGGUUUUGACUGUUCUCGUUGAACAAGAAAAAAGCUCAACGGGAAAUAGCAAGGAAGAUGUGGAUGAUGACGAAGAAGGUGAUAGUGAUGAAGAAGAUGCUGCCAUAAAAAAGGACACAAAGUCAAACACAGAACCUCCAAAAAAACGAAAAAAGACUUGAUGGCUAUGGUCCACAAAACUGUCAGACUGAUGUCCUUUAUUACACCAAACAGUGGUUACAUCCAGCCCCUCCCGGCCCUUUAAACAUUUAUGAAUGCCUUGGAAAGUUCAAAACAUGUUAGGUUUUUGCCAUAUGUUGUGUUUCUAAUGUCUUUAUAUACUUAUUUUGUUUUUAAGUUAUUUUUGAAACCUUUAGUUUCAGAAUGGACACUUCAUUCAAAUCACUGAUUACUUUUUUAUUACAUUUCACCUGGUGUAUAGUUACAUAUUUACAGCAAUUAUCGGCAGUAAUUUUUUACGUGUAAUAUUAAACCACUGUGCAAUAAAGUUGCAGACAGACUCAUAUAAA